CGGCAGGGGGCGCACAGCAGCGCUUUGCUCCGCCCGCCUUUUUCCUUUCCCGCCGUGUGCGCCGAGCCGCCAGAGACCGACCAGUCGCCGCCAGGCAAUGAGUUCCACAAAGAAGCAUUGUAUGAUGGCUCAAAGUGAAGCAUUUCAGCUGUGAAGAUGUAUGAAGACCUCUAUCACAACUUCAAUUGGUGACCAUUAGUUAUCCCUAAUUCUAAAAGGCAUGCAGCUGUCUUCAGAAACAAACUUCAUAGCUAUGUAAUUUAAAACUAAAAAAGAUAGUGAACAAGUACCAUAGGUAAGAUAAGCGAAAAAAGUUACAUUGGAAAAGACAAAAUGAAUGCUUCUGGAGGAGGUUGUGGAAGCCCUAGCUCUGCUGAAUCUACUGGUGACAUCUUCAAGGAUCUGUGGUCCAAACUAAAAGAAUGUCAUGAUAAAGAAGUACAAGGAUUACAGUUGAAAAUAUCCAAACUGAAAAAGGAAAGGUGUUUGGAUGCAGAGAGGCUUGAAGAGUUUUAUACCAAAAAUCAGCAGCUGAGAGAGCAACAGAAAGGACUUCAUGACACUAUCAAAGUUUUAGAAACAGGUGAAUUAAGAGCAGGACUAUGCGAUCGCUGUGCAGUAACUGAGGAGCAUAUGAGAAAGAAACAGCAGGAGUUUGAAAAUAUCCGGCAACAGAACCUUAAACUUAUAACGGAACUUAUGAAUGAAAAAAACAACUUACAGGAUGAAAAUAAAAAGAUAUCUGAACAUCUUCAGCAGUUGCAGAAGCAGAUGGAGGGGAGAGAGCAACAAGCAAUGGAAUUGGAGGAAGGGAUCAUUCCAGAUUCACCAGUUCAAUCUUUUUCACUAUCAGUGGUUAAUCGUAUCCGAAGAAAGAAAGAGAACAGGCAUGUCCGAUACACAGAGCAAACACAUACAGACCUUGAGCAUUCUGACAGCACUAAUGCAUUUGGAAAAGUUCCAUUGUCGUCAUCCACUCAAAUUCCUAAGCACUGUGGAAAGGAAAUACUAGUGGCAGACACCUGUGACCAAGAACUGUCCCCUAUAGCAAAUAAACAAGGAAGCUAUCCUGUUGCAAAGCCAUCUUUUAACUUGGCUGCAGUUGUUGCAGAAACAAUUGGACUUGUUCAGGAAGAAUCUGAGUCCCAGAGUGUAUUGAAUGCUCUUAGAAGUAACAUUCCGAUGACCCAGGUGCCUCAGAGCCCACAGCAGGAAGAUUCCAGAAAACAGCUAGCUCAUGAAUCAUCGAGAAAUGACGACAACUUGGGACUUUCAGAUCCAUCUCAGAACACUCCAACAGAUGUAGAUUGGGAUUCUCAGGUAGCUUCUCCUGUUUUUGGAGCAUCUAACUACAUGAAGAACAGCCUGACUUCAAGUCUUUCCCCUUCUGUUUUAGAAACAGGAUUGAAGUCCAAUGCCAAAAAAGACGCCUUCAACAGUACUUUCAAUUCUAGAUCUCAUAAAGUUAGAUCAAAAUCUGAAGAUGUUGCUUUUGUUGCACCACUUAACCUUGGGACUGAAGUGAACUCUGUUAUCAGCCAGGCCUCAGCCAGUAGGCAGAUGGUUGUGAAAAGGGAUGCAAAUGAAUCCAUAACUUGUAUGGUCAACACUUGCUUAGGUAAAGAUGAGAUGAUCAAGAAUGACUUCCUUCUUGCACCCCACAAACAUUUAGUAGACAGAUCUAUUAAAAGAAAGAAAACAGAAGAUGAGCGUGUGACUAGCUGUGAAAAAACAUCUUUCAACAAAGAAAACUCUUUUCCUUUUCAAGCAGACAUUCAACCUUUUAAUGCAGAUCAUAUAAUUGAUAAGCCUCUGGACCUGUCUGAUCGUUUUUCUGCUAUUCGCUGUCAAGAAAAAAGCUCAAGAAGUGAUGACAUCUGUAAAAAUAGAUUAAGACAGGUGACGCUGCAUGAUGUUUUUUCACAGCUGGUGAAGCCUGUUCCAAAGGGUUCUUCAUCCAUCCAAAAUAUCAACAAUGGAAGCUAUUUGUCAGGAAAAGAGUCACAAGAAGAUCUCUAUGAACAGGAGAUGAUUCUCCAGUCACGUGGCAAAACAUGCCCAGAUAAAAAACCUUUGAUGCAAAUAAAAGAAGAAAUCUCUGCUUUCAAAAUCCCAUCAUUGCCAAACACAGUGGAGACAGAACAACUUUUUGAUGACAUGAAGGUUGCCAGUGACCACGAACCAAUUAGAAAGAAAACCAGGACAGGACACGGAGAAUGUGAGCUGGCAUCUGUGCUGCAACCAAACCCUUGUAGAGCAACAAAACCUAAACCACUGCAAAAUGAACAAGAUAAACCAUCCUUAGAAAAUAUACAGUGGAGUAUAGAUCCAGGAGCAGACCUUUCCCAGUACAAAAUGGAUAUUACGGUUAUUGACACCAAGGAAGGCUCUCAAUCAAGAGUAGGAGGAGAGACUGAUAUGGACUAUACAUAUGUUAGUGAAAGCAUGCUAUUAAAAGUGAAAACUCAAGAGCAGAAAGGAGAAAGCAGUCCAAAGGGAGAAAGAAAAAUGAAUGACAGCUUAGCAGAAAUGUUUGAUCGGACCCUAUAUGAAGAAUAUAAAUCUUGUUUAGAAGAUGAUAGUCCUUCUGCAUGUGAUGAAAAAGAAAAUCCUCUUGAGGAAGAAAAUGAGGAAGUGUCAUCAGCAAGCAAACUAACGAAGCAUGAGAAUAAACAAGAUAAAACCAAGCAGAAAGCUUUUGUGGAGCCAUAUUUUAAAAGUGAUGAAAGAAAAAAUGCUGGGUUAGGUUUUCCUCAUAUUGAGGUUGUUCGGAAGAGAGAAGAGAGAAGAAAAUUGCUGGGCCAUACCUGUAAGGAAUGUGAAAUAUAUUAUGCAGAUAUUCCAGAAGGGGAGAGAGAAAAGAAGCUAGCUGCUUGUUCAAGACAUAGAUUCCGCUACAUUCCUCCUUGUACACCAGAAAACUUCUGGGAGGUUGGAUUUCCUUCCACUCAAACAUGUGUGGAAAGAGGCUAUAUUAAAGAGGAUCUUGCACCCUGUCACCGUCCAAAAAGAAGGCAGCCUUACAAUGUGAUGUUUUCUCCAAAAGGCAAAGAACAGAAACAACAAAGCACAUAAAUGUGGGGAAAGUGUUUCCUGUCAUUAGAUAUUUAAAGUUAAUAUAAACUUGAAAUAAAAAUACUGCAGAUUUUU